CAAUCAUUCAUGGGUUGAAACGCAAGAGAAGGACAUUAAUGCCGCUAUGGGGCAAUGUCAUUGGAUUCAAAGGCUCAGAUGUUCACUUUCCAUAUCCAUCAAGAUAUUGUCACAGAUUGGUCAAAGCGAUGCGCUGUUUCAGUGCUGGCGGCAGACGUCCACCUCCUCCCCUUCGGGACAGAUCAAUUAAUUUCAGGCAUGUGGCAAUGUGUCUACUUUCUCCACUGCCACAUGUUGAAAUAUGUUGAAACGCUGCGUUUGCAUCUAAGAUGCUGCGGCGUUCUUUUGCACGCAAAGUUGCUCCAACAUAACUUUUGCACACGUGCUUGUGAAGAUGGCACGGACAAAAUGAUUGAACGUUUAGAGGCCCGCAGGUGAGAUCUGAUUAAUUUGAGAGGUAUUCCUCC